AUGCAUAAUCCAAAGGUAUCUCAUGGUGUGGCGCUAAAACAGGUGCUAAGGUACUUAAGAGGAACAACGAAGUUGGGACUUGUAUACGAGAAAGCAAAGGUUAUGCGACUGGAGGGGUUCAGUGAUGCAAGUCACAACAUCGACGAUGAUGAUGGUCGAAGUACUACGGGCCACUUGUUCUAUCUGAAUGAUUGUUUGAUAACUUGGUGCUCACAAAAACAGGAAACAGUGGCGUUGUCAUCGUGUGAGGCUGAGUUUAUGGCUGCAACCGAGGCUGCAAAGCAAGCCAUAUGGCUUCAGGAGUUGCUGGAAGAAAUCGAUGGAAGAGCAAGUGAUCGAGUGGUGAUAAAGCUGGAUAAUAAGUCUGCCAUAGCACUUACUAAAAACCAUGUGUUCCAUGGCAGGAGUAAACACAUCCACAAACGCUACCAUUUUAUUAGAGAGUGCAUUGAAAAUGAGUUGGUCGACAUUCAACACGUGCCGGGAACAGAAUAG